GUCUGAAAAAUAAGAAAAUCAAAUAAUGGUAGUGUAGCUGAAGUGAAAAAAGGAAACUUUAGACUCAGAAGAACACUGCCACUCAUCAACUUUCCUAAGUUUUGACAUUUUUUUUACAAAACCAAAUUCAGUGAAAAUUUUGCGUUUUUCUGUUGCCAAUUGUUUCCGAAGGAUAUUAACUUGUUUGAGUGUUUUUGUUUGCUUUCUUUUCCUGUUUCUCUGCCACCAAAAAUAGUCUUUCUAAUUUAAGUGAAUAUAUUUUUGGAUUUUAUGUUGUAUCUUAUCCCAUAGAAAGUAAUGAUUUAUUUUUUAUCACCUCAAAAAAGAAACAAGUCUUAGAGCUUUGUGAUGUAAGUGUCAACAAAGUUUCUUAUGUUGUUUUCUUUACCCCUCGACAGGAUCAUAGGAUGAGCAGACCUUCAGCACUCAAACGGAAACAGCCAGACUCUAAUUCCCCGUUGGAGUCUUUGACAGAGCACGAGAAAAUCGUAUAUAAUGUGAUCCGAAGCAAGCAAGAUAUGGGAAUUUGGACACGAGACAUGAAGAAGGAAGCGAACCUCCCUGACAAUCUGGUUGGCAAAUCCAUAAAAUCACUCCAAGCCAAGAACCUGAUAAAAGAGGUUGUAAAUGUCCAAAGCAAGGGGAGAAAGCAUUAUAUGGCUUCAGAGUUUGAGCCCUCCAAGGAGUUAACCGGUGGGGAUUGGUAUUCUAAUGGGACCCUCGAUAAAUAUUACAUAACCUGUGUAAAAGACGGGUUUGCAAAGAUCAUAUAUCAGCUCAAGGUUGCUACCUUGGAGGGAAUUUCUGAUGAAGUUAAAAAGAGUGGAAUAUUCAAAACUUCGUUCACAAGACCGCAAAUUGAGGAGAUUCUCAGGGUUCUGGUUUUGGACAAACGGGUCACGGAGGUGAAGAGCACUGGGAUGGGGGAGUUUGCUUCAUUUCCAGUUGGGAAAGUUUGCUAUAAAUCCAUAAGCAAGGGAGGUACUAAACGGGAACCCAAAGUAGGGGCCAUGGCUUCCAUUCCAUGUGGAGUUUGUCCGCGGAUAAGUCAAUGUACGCCAGAUGGUAUUAUUUCCCCAAGGACGUGUGUCUACUUCACCAAAUGGUUGGAUUUCUGAAAUUGUUGUAUGCAGAGACAAUUGUUUGGUAUGCUUUUGGAGGUCUUCUUCUUUUGUCCAUGUGAUGUAUGUCUUUUUACCUUGUUUAACAAAGUUAUUGGUUUCUAAACCUUUUUGGUUCAACCUAUUUUCCUAUCUAUUUUUUA